GGAGGCCCGGCCCGCCUCCGCCGCAUUGUCCCGGGCCCCGCGUCCCGGCCCUGAGCCGCGCAGCCGCAGCGCCCGCCCACCACCGCCCGCAGGGCCAUGCGGAGAGCGGCCGGGAUGGAGGACUUCGCAGAGGAAGAGGAGCCCUGGUACGACCAGCAGGACCUGGAGCAGGACUUGCACUUGGCUGCAGAGCUGGGGAAGACGCUGCUGGAGAGGAACAAGGAACUGGAGGAGUCCCUGCAGCAGAUGUAUUCCACCAACGAGGAGCAAGUGCAAGAGAUUGAGGUGAAGGCUCCCCCUACCCAUCAAGUGCCCUUGGCCUGGAUGCACCUUUGUGCAACUUUGCAAAAGUACCUAACCAAGCAGCUGGACAUGCUGCGGCAUGUGAAUGAGCAGCACGCCAAAGUGUAUGAGCAGCUGGACCUGACAGCCCGAGACCUGGAACUGACCAACCAGAGGCUAGUGUUGGAGAGUAAGGCUGCCCAGCAGAAGAUCCAUGGGCUGACAGAAACGGUGGAGCGUUUGCAGGCCCAGGUGGAGGAGCUACAGGCCCAGGUGGAGCAGCUUCGGGGUCUGGAGCAGCUGCGUGUGCGCCGGGAGAAGCGGGAACGCAGGCGAACCAUCCACACCUUCCCCUGCCUCAAGGAGCUGUGCACCAGCCCACGGUGUGAGGAUGCCUUCCGCCUCCACAGCUCCUCCCUGGAGCUGGGCCCUCGACCCCUGGACCAGGAGAAUGAGCGGCUGAAGACCCUGGUGGGGGUCCUGAGAUCCCAGGUGAGCCAGGAGCGCCAGCGCAAGGAGCAGGCAGAGCGUGAGUACACGGCCGUGCUGCAGGAGUACACGGAGCUGGAACGGCAGCUCUGCGAGAUGGAGGGCUGCCGCCUUCGCGUGCAGGAGCUGGAAGCCGAGCUUCUGGAGCUGCAGCAGAUGAAGCAGGCCAAGACCUACCUGCUGGGCCGGGAUGACCACCUGGCCGAGGCACUGCUGGCACCACUCACUCAGGCCCCUGAGGCUGACGACCCCCACCCAGGCAGCGGGGGCGACUGUGGCACUCAGGACGGUGUCUCCUCGCCCACCGCCUCCCCAGGCCACGCGGUGCGCAAGAGCUGCAGCGACACGGCACUCAACGCCAUCGUGGCCAAAGACCCCGCCGGCCGGCACGCAGGCAACCUCGCACUUCACGCCAACAGCGUGCGCAGGCGCGGCAUGUCCAUCCUGCGGGAGGUGGACGAGCAGUACCACGCGCUGCUGGAGAAGUACGAAGAGCUGCUGAGCAAGUGCCGGCAGCACGGGGCGGGGGUGCGGCACGCAGGCGUGCAGACCUCAAGGCCCAUCUCCCGAGACAGCUCUUGGAGGGACCUUCGCGGGGGUGAGGAAAGCCAGGGGGAGGCCAGGACGGGGGAGAAGAGCCUGAGCCAGCACGUGGAGGCCGUGGACAAGCGGCUGGAGCAGAGCCAGCCUGAAUACAAGGCGCUCUUCAAGGAGAUCUUUGCCAGGAUCCAGAAGACCAAGGCUGACAUCAAUGCCACCAAAGUCAAGACACACAGCAGCAAGUGACCCUUUCGUGGCCUGAUCCUCUCUGGGCUCCAGGCCAUGGGGUCCCUCAUGGUUGAACCACGCAGCCUGUGGCAAAUAAGAGAGUCCUUUAGCAGCAAUAUAUCCCAGCAGGUGGCCUCUCCAUCAGUGUGCAAGGAACAAAGCCCUUCUGAUCUGGGGACGCUCCAUGCUUCUGGUCUCCCACUUCCGCCUGAUGGAUGGAAAAGGCCACCCACUUCCGCUUGAAGGCACAGCUCAGUUUCAAAGCCAAACGUCCCCACUACCCUGGGGUUCCCCACCACUCCCUGCUUCUGGCUUCCAGACCCUGGGCCUCAUCCUCAGAUGGGGCCAGGCUUCUGGAAGCCAUUCCGGAUGAGCUCGCUUUUUUGUUGUUGUUCUUGUUGUUGUUGUUUUUCCAAAUUCAGCUUUUCUGCAAGAUUUGCAAUGCAAGGUCUUCUUUGACCGCUUGCCACAACUGGAAACACUUGAAAGGGAACCCCAAGAGCCAACUGUUGCAGGUUCCUAGGGUCUCCUGGACCACCCACUGCUUUGUGCCAGCCGUGAUGCGCUGUCAUUCCCUUAACACACCACCUGUCCCUCCCCCAGAGUCCUGAGCAGGUCACAGAUGGCCCUUGCUUUCCAAAGCAGGAAGCCUGGCCCUGGCCUUGAGUGCCCCACUCCAACCCUGGCAAGAACCCCCGGCCCACUGCAGAUCUAUAGCCAAUCAGAAGAGGGGUCCAAGGAGCCCCUUGACAGCCAUACAUAAGGGGUACCCCCAUUUCCCUCAGAGCCAGCCUCCCCAAGUUCCAGCCCCAGAAGUGCUUUCUGGAGAUAAGCCUUCCAGGGGCCAGGAUGGAGGGAACACCCACCCCAUGUCCGCCAACGCCACCUCUGCCUCCCUUCUCUGUACCUGUCCCCAUCUCAGGGACCAUGAUGUCUCAUUCACUCCACAUUGGCUACAGGCCAGCCCUGAUGCAGGCCCCAUCUGCAGCCCCCAGGAUGUCCUGGGCGUGUGCCACCAGCCAGCGACCCCAGUGUCCAUCCCUGAUCCUCUUUGCUGGGGUCUGGCCAAGAUUUUCACCCACACUGAAUAGUACUGAAUUGGGAUGGGGAUAAGGAACAAGUUCCUUCCUUCCCUCCUGUAAAAUGCCUGCUCUUUACCUCCUACCUUUGUGGAGGCUUCUGAGGCCCCAGCUUGAUCGGGGCGUCGGUCUUUUGGUGUAAGGCUUCAUAGAGUCAGACUUCAGCUGAGAGAUGCCCAGUUCCCCAGCUUACCCUCUGCAGCCCUUCAGGGCUUUGGUUCCUCCUGCCAUCCUUCCUGGGACCCUAGAAAUCAGGGGAGCCGUACAAUCCGGUGGAAGGCAGCAGCCCUGGCCUCUGUGCUGGGAGCCCAGAGGGAACCUUCAUGCCUUAUUUAUUUCUAAUGGGUAAAGGGGUUUUCUUAACAAGCACGCCUGACAGCCCUGGAGAUGCACCCAUGCUCCUGGCGGCACUGUGAUGUGAGCUGGCGGCUGCGUCUUUCUGUUUGUGCAACCUAGAACCUUUAUGUCCUUGGGGCUGGGCAGCUCCUGGCCCUCCAUGUGUGUCUGUCAUCUGGGGGAGAUGGGGGAAGGGGAAGCGCUGGCCUCUUCACUCCCCAGCUCUGUAGCAGCCAACCAGCGUCACCUUUGAAGUACACAAGAGGAAAUAUAUUUACAAAUGCUUUAUUCUCUUCUUUAAUAAAAAAAGUGUACCAGUAUUCUAAAAGCAUAAAUGGCCCUGGAGCCAACGACUGUGCGUCUCAUGUGCCUGCCCUCUGCCAUGCACUGCAGGGGAGGAGGGAAGGAUCUGAGCUCUGCUCCCCGGAGGCCUUACCUGUGAGGCUGCUGAGCGGCCCCCCCCAAGUUCACAGCCAUGCCCUGCUCCCCUCCGAACAACUCAAUACGGCAGGGUCCCAGAGGUCUCUGGCUCCCGGUCCUUUGGAGUUCACGUUCUGGUGUGGGGAGAUUCCUCCCCCCAAAAUCAGCUUUAAAAAGUUUAAAAAAGGGUGAUAGGAAAAUUGGGGCAAAAGAUAGUGCUACAUCCCUAGAGCACAUGUGCCCAACGGGGUGGACAAAAAUUUUUUAAAUAUUAAUUUCAGCCAGGUGUGGUAAUGUAAACCUAGCACUCCCAGCACUUGGGAGGUUAAGGUGGGAGGGUCCCAAGUUUAAGGCCAAACUGGGCUACGUAGUGAGUUUAGCAACCUGGACUACAAGGGAAGAAAUGACUCAAAAAGUUAAUCUUUUGUUUUGGUACCAGGGAUCGAACUU